AUGUCAGUACCGACAGCUGGUCCUCCACCACCAGCAACACAAACACAACAACCCCAACCUACACCAGAAUCCCGUCUGGGUCACCUCCUCGACAACCGCCUUGAGCUCCUCUCAAUUCUCGGACUCGGAGCGUACGGCGUUGUCUACACCGCCCAAGACAUCUACACCCACCAGCUCUACGCAGUAAAGGCCCUCUCAAAGCUUUCAUUAGACGCCCGCGCCCGCCGCUUUCAAGCUCGCGAAAUCGCACUCCACGCGAAAGCACAACGCCACCCCAACGUCGUUUCGCUAGUCGAGAUCCUCGAUGCGCCAGACUGCGUGUACGUCGUGAUGGAAUACUGCCCUGAAGGCGAUUUAUUUGCGAUCAUCACGGAAGGAGGCGGAUACGUUGGAGACGACGAACUUUGCCGACGCGUAUUCCUGCAGUUGUUGGAUGCGGUCGAGUAUUGCCACAACCACGGAAUCUACCACCGCGAUUUGAAACCGGAGAACGUGCUUGUUACGGAUGGUGGACUUACGGUCAAGCUUGCAGAUUUCGGGUUGGCGACUACCGAGGUUUACACUUCCGACUUUGGCUGUGGUUCGACCUUCUACAUGUCUCCCGAGUGCCAAACACCCAUCCCCUCUUCCGCCCGCGCCUCUGCACCAGCAUUCUACUCGUCGCCAGCAAACGACGUCUGGUCCCUCGGUGUUAUCCUCGUCAACCUCACCUGCGGUCGCAACCCUUGGAAGCGCGCAACACCUUCCGACGAAACCUACAACGCAUACCUCUCUGACCGUCACUUUCUGCGAUCGAUAUUGCCGUUGAGCAGGGAGCUGGACGCGAUUUUGAUGAGAGUGUUUGAGCCGGAGGUUGCAAGGAGAUGUACUGUUGGCGAAUUGAGACAGGCGAUCGAGACGUGUGGGAGGUUUACCAUU